AUGUUUUUGUUUAUGUCUUUUCAAAAUCAAGCUGAAGAGGAUGAGUUGGACGAAGUGGAGUUUGUAUCUGAAAGCCAACUCGGUCCAGAGCUGGACUGUGUUGAUCUGCUGAGCGAUGAUAGCGAAGAAGAGGGCUGUUCGUCCUCUUCAAGAACUAUUGAAGAUAAAGUUAAUCGUCAAAAGGCGCGUGUUGCAUCUACAUUGGAUAGACUUGCGCAGCAGGUGGCUCUUGAGAAGCGGGAAAGAGCGGACAAAUGUAGAGCCUUCAAGGAGAAACAAAUCCAACAAAGAGUUCAUGGCCAGCAGGAGCUUGCAUUGAGUUCAACAAAUGGAAUUAAUCUUGAAGCAAAACGAUGUGUGGACAUGUGGCUUAAAAUGCCUGGUUUAGAUCCAGCUGUGGGCAGUUUUGGAUCUGGAAGACGACGCAGACCUGUUUUUCCCAUGAACUCUUCAACUCUACAUACAUGUCCAGUCAUUAACUGCAGUCGUGUUUAUGAAAACGUGUCUCUCCUUGAUGGUCAUCUAAAAAGAUUUGAUCACUCACCUUGUGAUCCAACCACUAGUCUCAAAGGAAGUCCCAAAAUGCUGUUUGCCUGUGUGGCCUGUUGUUGUCAUUUUCAGACCAAACAAGAGUGGCGAACACAUCUUGUAUCUAAGGUGUCCUCAUCUCAUCCUGAUGGUCACUGCAUGUCUCAGAGAUUCCAGCUCAUUGUGUGCUUUGCUUGUCCUGCUUGCUACCUCCUUUUUAACCUGCGGGACGAGUGCCUUCAGCACAUGUCGGCAAAAAAACAUUUCACCGAAUCCCUCAAAAUGAGUGAUUCUAAAAGAGAAGCAGUCCCUAUACCGUUUCCACAGCAUGCCAGGAAUCGCCUCAUCGCUCUGUGCCGGGACACACCUUUCACUGUCCGAUGCUCUUGUUGCCAAAAAGUGUUGACCUCGCAUCAGGCAGCUCAGGCUCAUUUCAAUGUAAACUGCAGACGUGGCUGUGCAGUGGCCACGGCUGAUGAAACUGUGGUGCAGGUAGUGAAACGGCUGCAAGUGCGAGGUCAGUGCUCCCGCUGCUGUUUAAUCUUCUUGAGCCAAGCAGAAGUGGACCGUCAUAGAGAAGACACCAAACAUGAGGUGGAGGUCAACAGUACCAUGGAACGAGCGCUUCUUCAGCAUGGCAGGUUUAAUGAACAACAUGGCUACAGCAUGAAUGAUGCAGAGAAAAGGCUUAAUGCAGGAGUAUUAAUUCAUACAAGUGAGACCAAGAGCGAAAAAGAAACUAUACCAGCCAAACGGCAAAAAUUAAGAAGCUGUACAACCGCAUGGUUCUGCGAGUGUGGCCUGAGGUUCUUGGAGGAAACUUCCGCCAGUAAUCACCUCUUAGCUGUGAACCAAAUCUUUUACCAAUGUGGCGUGUGCGGCAAACACAUGGGAGAAUCUUCUAUCACCCGUUUGCACAUGAGCCGCUUUCACGGGGGCGCACAUCUCUCAAACUUCUUUUUCUACUGCCGCAAGUGCAAAGUGGAAAUGCCGCGCUUGGAAGAUAUCUUGUCGCAUGUAUCGGAUACACACAGCGGGCAUACUUUCUUUACUGAACAAGAAGUGCCUGAAGAUGUUAACCCGUCCACCAGCCAGAGCUCUAAAAUGGAACUGUUCUCUACUACAUCCACCAUUCAGGCCAUUGCGGGAGAGGCGCCGCCCACUUCUAAAGUGGCGCUGACUUGGAUGUGCAGAAUGUGUGAGGAUGUGUUCGACUCCGAGGCCGCUGUCCGCAAGCACUGCGGCGACCUGAGCAGCCACAGUUUCCAGAAGUUUGUCUGCGGCCACUGUCCGCAGAAGUUCUUCAAGGAAUCCACUGUGCGGCGUCAUUGCGCCAACGAGCACAACGGGCUGAUGAAGAGCGCUUACUUCUGCGGCCUCUGCGACAGCAUGCUGUUUGAGUCUGAAAAGGAGUUCCUGCAGCACUACGAACGCCUGCACAGUAAAGACUACUACUGUAUGGAAAACUGUGAUCUCAUUCAGCCCGUUGAAAGCGUCACACCUGUGGAAUCAUGUCCCUGCAUGAGCUCAGACAAACAGGAAGGGUGCAUGAAAGCCGCCUACACACGGUGCAUGAAGACAUUGGCCUCCGAGGGUCUCUGUCAGUAUAUGUGUGCUCUUUGCAUUCUAAGCAUGCCCUCCUACGCUCAGAUCAAGACUCAUGUCAACACCACGCACGCCGCUGUAAACCUGGACAAGACCUUUGAAGUCGAAUGCCAAACCUGCAGAGAACGCUUUGAGGAUGUUCCAAAAUUCCAUAAUCACCAUCAUUCCCAGCACUGCAUAUUGGAGCCAUGCGUGAGCUCCAGGACCUGUGGGAAAGAAACAAUAAAACAACCCCAAAUCCUGAAUGCUGUGGAUGGCAACCUAAAAGGUAUAGUACUGUAUAUAACAUCUGAAAUGGAUUUGGAUGUCAAUCAAAUUGAGCAACAAGUAUUGACUAAUUGUGUAUUAUCAUUCACCAUAGAUGACUGUGAUGAAGAGGUGAAGAAGGCACUGGCGUUGAGUGCAGAAGACCGAGAAACGGCAGAGUUAGAAGAAGCUCUUCAAAGAAGCCUUCUGGAUUUCUGA